UCGUCGUCUCGGGUGCUUCCUUCUCUUAUCCCCAACAAAAGCACGCACGCACUGCGAACUGCCACUCUCGACUCUCGAGGUCAUGGAGCUAGGCCUCGUGCUCCGGCUCGUCGCGCCGCCGCCGCCGCCCUGUCACUCCCGUCGAGCGCUUCCCCCGCCGCUGCCUUUUCUUUCUCCGUCUACGCUGCGGGGAAGCUGCGUCCGCUCCUCGAGGCUGGAGCAUGGGGUUGGGGUUAUGUCCAGUGCGAGUAUGACCUAUUCAGGAGUGGAGGAGGAAGAAAUGGUGGAAGAGGAGGAGGAAGCUGAAGGGACGGUGAGCACGAGGCCGCGCCUGGAGCUUAUCGAGAAGCCGGACCGGAGCCUGGCGCUGCUGGAUGAGUACGAGUCGGAGGAGCUGGGCACCUCUCUUUGCGCCAAUCACCGCAGCGGCUAUGUUGCUGUUCUGGGGAAGCCAAAUGUUGGCAAGAGCACCCUUAUAAACCAAAUUGUUGGUCAGAAACUUUCAAUAGUAACAGAUAAACCGCAAACUACACGGCAUCGCAUUCUCGGUAUAUGUUCUGAACCAGAAUACCAGAUAAUACUUUACGACACUCCUGGUGUCAUUAAAAAGGAGAUGCAUAAGCUGGACUCGAUGAUGAUGAAGAAUGUCAGGAGCGCUAUUGGCAGUGCAGAUUGUGUGCUUGUUGUUGUUGAUGCUUGCAAAGUGCCUGAAAAGAUUGAUGAAAUGCUGGAAGAAGGUGUGGGAAAUAAAGAUACUAAACUUCCUGUUCUGCUAGUAUUGAACAAGAAAGAUCUCAUAAAACCAGGAGAAAUUGCAAAGAAACUUGAGUGGUAUAAAAAAUUCACUAAUGUUGAUGAUGUUAUACCUAUAAGUGCUAAAUUUGGUCAUGGAGUAGAUGAUAUCAAGGAGUGGAUAUUGUCAAAGCUCCCUAUGGGUCCUGCAUACUACCCCAAGGACAUAGCCAGUGAACACCCUGAGAGAUUUUUUGUUGGUGAAAUAGUGAGGGAAAAGAUUUUUGUUCAAUAUAGGCAGGAAAUUCCAUAUUCAUGCCAGGUUAAUGUUGUCAGUUACAAAAGCAGGCCUACUGCCAAGGAUUUCAUUCAAGUUGAGAUACUUGUUGAGAAGGAAUCACAAAGAAGCAUUAUCCUUGGGAAGGAUGGCAAAGCCAUAAAGAUGUUGGCAACCGCAUCAAGGCUUGACAUUGAGGAUUUCCUGCAAAAGAAGGUUUACCUAGAGAUAGAGGUCAAAGUGAAGGAAAACUGGCGGCAAGAUGAACGCCUUUUGAAACGGUAUGGGUACGGUGGGGAGAUUCAAGCAUUAUGACUAUGGUGGUGCUAUCAGCUGUCAAGAGUAGAGAAUGACCUUUUUCUUCCUUUCUUCUUGGUGCUGUGAGUGAGAAGUUAACUCGAAUUAGUUCGGUUGUUAGUGAAGUUCUCUCAGCAAAUUUUGUGAUCUUGAUGUACUAUGGAAUUGAUAGAAAGAAGCAUAGUUCUGCUCUA